GACUUCGACGAGGGCAUGCUGGAGGACUGGCGCUCCCUGGCCAGCGGCGACGGGCGUCACGGCGAGAGGGCGAGCGUGAAGGCGCUGCUGGUGGCCGCCUACUCCGUCAUCAUCGUCAUCUCGCUCUUCGGGAACACGCUGGUGUGUCACGUCAUCGUCAAGAACAAGCGCACGCAGUCGGCCACCAGCGUGUUCAUCAUGAACCUGGCCGUGGCCGACGUCUUCAUCACGGUGCUCAACACGCCCUUCACCCUGGUCCGCUUCGUGCACAGCACCUGGGUGUUUGGCAGGACUAUGUGUCACGUCAGCCGCUUCGUGCAGUACUGCUCGCUGCACGUCUCCACGCUCACGCUCACCGCCAUCGCCGUGGACCGACGCCAGGUGAUCCUGCACCCCCUAAGACCCCGCAUGACCCCGACUCAAAGCAGCGUUUGGGUCGCCGUCAUCUGGAUCCUGGCCAGCUGCUUCUCCCUCCCACACGCCAUCUACCAAAAACUCGUCACCUUCACUUUCAGCCAGGAGAGGGAGCGCAGUCUGUGCAUCCCAGACUUCCCUGAGCCCUCGGACGUCUCCUGGAAGUACAUCGACCUGCUCACCUUCAUCCUCCUCUACAUGCUGCCCCUCCUCAUCAUCACCGUGUCCUACACCACGGUGGCCCGCCGCCUGUGGCGCCACAAGGCCAUCGGCGACGCCACCACGGCGCAGCACGCCAACCAGAAGCGGCGGCGUCACCGCACGGUGGCCAUGCUGCUGAUGGUGGUGGUGGUGUUCGCCGUCUGCUGGUUCCCGCUCAACUGCUACGUGGUGCUGCUCUCCAGCCAGGCCAUCCACUCCUCCAACGUGCUCUACUUCUGUUUCCACUGGCUGGCCAUGAGCUCCACCUGCUACAACCCCUUCAUCUACUGCUGCCUCAACCCCAACUUCCGCCAGGAGCUCCGCCUCCUGCUGAGCGUGUGCAGGCGGCGCCGGAGAGUGACGGCGGAGCUGGCGCUGGAGCUGGAGCUGGAGCGCCGGCCGGCGGCGGCGGCGGCGGCCGGCGCUCCGUGCCGCAGGGACGCCUGGCCCGAGAAUGAGGAGCCCUUGGGGCCGAGGCAAGCUUUGCCGCAGCCCAGCAAGGACUCCUCGCAGAAGAGUCGCACCCUCACCGGGGAGUCGCGCCAUCUUAAGGACGUGCAGGCGCUCUUCAUCGCCAGACAGGCGCUCACCAAGAGAACUGACAUCCAGUCCGUGGAGCCCUUCGUGGUUGUCAACUAAAUACACUUUGGCGUGGUAGUCCUCCGUCCAUCUUCUACCUGCCAGACUUGAAGAGGAACUGCACUUUUUUUUUUUUAGCAUUUUGCCAAUCAUUCACAAUUAGGGAUGUCCGAUAAUGGCUUUUUGCCGAUAUGCCGAUAUUGUCCAACUCUUUAAUUACCGAUACCGAUAUCAACCGAUACCGAUAUCAACCGAUAUAUACAGUCGUGGAAUUAACACAUUAUUAUGCCUAAUUUGGACAACCAGGUAUGGUGAAGAUAAGGUACUUUUAAAAAAAAAUUAUAAAAUAAAAUAAGAUGAAUAAAUUAAAAACAGUUUCUUGAAUAAAAAAGAAAGUAAAACAAUAUAAAAACAGUUACAUAGAAACUAGUAAUGAAUGAAAAUGAGUAAAAUUAACUGUUAAAGGUUAGUACUAUUAGUGGAGCAGCAGCACGCACAAUCAUGUGUGCUUACGGACUGUAUCCCUUGCAGACUGUAUUGAUAUAUAUUGAUAUAUAAUGUAGGAACCAGAAUAUUGAUAACAGAAAGAAAUAGGGGGAGGGAGGUUUUUUGGGUUGGUGCACUAAUUGUAAGUGUGUCUUGUGUUUUUUAUGUUGAUUUAAUAAAAUAAAAAUUAAAAAAAAUAAAAUAAAAAACGAUACCGAUAAUAAAAAACCGAUACCGAUAAUUUCCGAUAUUACAU